UACGACUCGGCAUCAGUUCAGUUCAGUUUUCCAACAGAUUCACUAUCUUUUUUAAUGGGAAAAAAGUACUUUUGCGAUUACUGCGAGAAGCACAUCCAGCGGGAUCCCAGCAUUGUGCGAAAACACAACGAAGGGAUCCCGCACUGUCGUGCCCGCGCGGAGUAUUACGAGAGGUUCAAAGACCCGAGCGUCAUCUUGAGCGAGGCAAGUGGAAAGAAACAAUGUCGCACGCUAAUGACCGGAGCCGAGUGCCAGUUUGGGCCAAACUGUCGCUUUAAUCACUAUACGACCGCGGAAAUGGAUAGACUGGGUCAGCAAGUUGACUGGACGGCUCGUCAGAAGGCAAAACGCACCGAGGAAACGCUCCAGAAGCUCACGAAUGCCCCGAACAUCGUGCAGCAGUUUCUGGAACGUCGUGAAGCCAGGCUGGCCAAGGAGCAAACCGAGUACAAACCAUUCUGGAGUUAUUCGGAGGAGCUUCGGGACGGUGAUCUUCCGCCGUCGCUGCGCGAGAUUGACCCCGGUCGGAUCGAUUCGAGCGGAGGGUUUGCCCGGUGGGGAUAGUCAUCGAAAAUGAAAAAAUAAACUUAUGUUUGUAUUAAAAUAUAUAUUAGACAUCUAAUAGAUUUAUUUAUUAUCAGUUCCAUCAGUAUACUAUCUCUCAAACUUUCAGAUAUAUAUCAUGUAUGUGUCAGCUAUCUGCAGCCGAGUGCUUUUGAGUAAAUCACAAUCAGUUUAUGAUAUUUGUUAUAGAUUUUUCUUUAAUACUUAUUUUGCCAA